AAGACAUUUGCUGCACGCCUCUCCACCACGCGGGCGACUGCAACACCCCCCUCGUGAGCCGCAUAUUGCUCACACACCGCGCCUGACUUCCGCACCGCCCGUUUGCCCUCUUUCUUGCACAUAUUCAUUCCUCCCUUCGUAUAAAACUUAAAGAGUGCCAACCAGCUCCUAGAGGGAAACCCGCCUUUUGCCCACAAUGUCAAAAACUACGUUAGCAGUUAUCGCAGCGGCAAGCGCAGGAGCCGGCGCCGCUAUUACAGCUACCAUGUACUCGUUACGAUCAGACCGUAAUCCCGAAAGCAAGACUAUAUCCACAACGACGACGACAUUCUCGACCUCACCCACGGCGGGAGGGUCCGCACCGAUCCCUAUCCCAGCCAAACAAAUAUUCACUCCCCCGAACCAGCAAACCGCACAGACAGGCCUAUCGACCUCAGCCCCCGCGGCCGUGAACCUCUUACCGGUCGAUCCAUCCGGCCUCUUCGAAUAUGGCUUCCCGGGCCCGGUAGCCGACAUCGCGACGCGGCAAGCGUUGAUCUCAUCGUUCGACCGCCGACUGCGUAACCCGCAAUGGGUAGCAGAGCACAUCACGCCAGCGUCACUAGCAAUUCGAGAGGGCGACCGCAAACACAGCACAUUCAUAGAAGACGAGGCCGUGCCUGAAAAGUUCCGCGCGCGCCUAAAGGACUACUUCCGCUCAGGCUACGACCGGGGCCACCAAGUCCCCGCGGCCGACGCACGCUGGAGCCAAGCCGCUAUGGACGAGACCUUCUUUCUGACGAACAUGUGCCCGCAGGUGGGCGAGGGCUUCAACCGAGACUACUGGGCGCACUUCGAGGACUUCUGCCGGGGCCUGACUUCGCGGUAUCCCAGCGUGCGCGUCGUCACGGGCCCGUUAUAUCUACCCAAGCGUGAUCCCACAGACAACAAAUGGUACGUGCGGUAUGAAGUCAUCGGCAACCCGCCAAACGUAGCGGUCCCGACACACUUCUACAAAGUCAUCUUCGCGGAAGACGGAGCCGUCGGCGGCAACGUAGCCAUCGGCGCCUUCGUACUGCCCAACGCGCCCAUCCCCAACGAGAAACCCCUAACAGACUUCGAAGUCCCCGUCGAAGCCGUCGAGCGCGCCAGCGGCCUCGAAUUCGCCACCAAGCUCCCCGCCCAGCGGCGCAAGCGCCUCUGCACAGAGGCCACCUGCGCCCUCGUCAUCAAAGACUACGCCAACCGGCAAAAGGCGUUUGCGAAGCCCCAGGGCUCUUCUUCAGCUGUCGCGAAGCGCUAGGACAGAUGUUUCAUUAUCGCUAUAUUUAUUCGAUUCGCGAUAUCUGGGUUGCCAUGUCUUUCCGUUCCGCAGAAUUACUUUACUUCUCAAAGAAUUGAACGAGACUUAUGAUGUACGUAUCUAACGCAUAGAAGACUAUAUGUAGAAACCGCGGUUGGAGACCAAGGCGAGCUAGAUAAGAUUAAUAUGUAUAACUUGUAACUUUAUUGGGAUACACGGUUCUAUCUACAUCAUUGCAUUUGCAUUUUCCUCCCCUUCUCUUGGGAUGGGGCGAGUUGUGGCGUUCGAGGUUUGAUUCAUUCCGAUACACCAACUUCGACGAGGAAAUCAAAUACACGUCCUCCUCUCGACAAGUGGCGGGUAGCAAAUCGGGCUAUAGUGAGGAAUAGAUAGCAUAGCAUAGCAUAACUUGGAAUAGUAUAAUACUUUAUAUCCACGAUAAAUCUAAACUAUACUCUACU